GGGCGGCGUGCAGCGGCUCAGAGCACAGGGCCACACCGACAGAAGAGGCUCAGGAGACGGGGGGAGGAUGUGUCCGAGUGAGCGGUGAUCCGUAGCUUCACACGGAGCCGGGCAGUUGUUUCUGAACCUACCAAACCGUCCCGUCUCCUUUGUCUUCAAACCGUUUGACCAUGUCCGGCGGAGGUGAGAUCCGCGUCCUCCGCCAGGACCAGGAACCCGGACAGGAGAGCCCCAGGAUGCCGGCCUGGAAGCGAGAGAUCUUGGAGAGGAGGAGGGCGAAGGGCGGCGCGGCUGGAGCGACAGGAGCCGGAGAGACGAGCCCCAGUGCGGCGGCUCAUCAGCGGCACAACGGCAGCGCGACGGUUAUCAACGGCUCCAAACAAGACAACGGCGGUGGUAGUGGUGCAAACGGGCGAAAUUACACCAUCACCACGGCCAGCCAGCACUUCGGAAACAACAAAGAAACACGACACACGACCGUGGAGAGGGCGACAUCGAAGGAGGAAGAUGGAGAGGAGAGUCUGGUGCUCCAGGAGAGUCUUGGUCCUUUGGAGGAAAAUCCCUUCAUCAAACUGGAGAAGGAGCGGAGGAGACGUCAGGACAGAGACAACGCGGCACGACCUGUCCAGCACAUCCUGGAGCUCUACGGCAGCGUUCCCGGGAUACGCACCAUCAGGGCCGAAAACAUCAUCAUUAUCGAGUCCGACCCAGAGUACUUCCCGGACGGAGAGGGUUCCAAUUGGCAACCGAACGGUGUGAGCACGUACAGCUCUUUGAAUGACCUUUUGGACCGGCGUGGGAGUGCUGUGACUGAGAUAAGAGCCAAGGAAGUUGUGAUUUAUGACACCACGUUAAGCAAGAGCGAGGAAAACCUGAGCACUCUGGGCCGGCCCGAUCACGAGCUGCAGGCGUAUGACACCCAAGGAGAGGGCCAGGGCAGAGUGAGCCGGAUGCUUCAGAAGUUCGACAGCAACUACGGGAAGCUCCAAAAGAAAUCCCACAGCACGGAGAACCUGCUAGACUUGGAUUGCAGUGCCAGCAGCCGGCCCAGAUCUUGGUCCAAGCCAGACGUGGUGCCAAAGCCCAGAUUCGAACCAGCAACCCCGGUCUUCCAGAGUCCGGGGACGUCCAAACCAAAAGCCGAACCGGAAAGCCCCCAGCGGACUCCCAACCACUCGGUGCAUUCCUUUCGCCAACGCUUUGAAGAUGGCGGAAGUCCCUCGAAAGAUGAAACGGACAGCCGGCCAUCAAAGCCCACGAGAGAGCGAGAGUGGGACAGUAGUGCCGACCCCAAACCCAAGGUGCCAUGUUCUCCGGAAACCCGCCGUGCCCGUGCCGAGUCCAGCCCAUCCAAAACGCUUCGCUCCACUCCAGACUUCGAGAUCCGUCCUUCUCCCAAACCGGAUCUGUCUGAAAUUCCGGAUAACGAUACGCAAGCUAGAGCCUUGGCCAAUUUGCGACUGCAGUCCAAAAAUUCUUUCACGGUUAUUCCCAAACGGAGACUUGCGACUUCGGGCUCCUCUGCUGCUAGCCCAAUCCCAGCUGGUCCGGUUAAAUCUUCACCGUCUCACAGAGUAGCCACAGGAAGUGCUACUGGAGUGCCAACAUCCCCAACAUCCACAGCCACAACAAACGAUUUAACAAAAACCACGCCUCUUAAAUCUCCUCUCAAAAGUAUAUCCAAUGAAAUUUCCAAAACACCCACACAAAUUGCACAUGAAACAUCUAUGACUAUUCCAAAAUCUCCACCUUCUCCUACUAAACCAGUAGCAAAACCAGUUACGAUUCCCGCCACCCUUCCCAAAACCCCCCCUCUGAAAUGGGAUGAACAAAAGCAGGAGUCACUGUCCCAAACUCCGACCAGCCCGCCUCCUGUCACCUCCCCUCCAGCGUUUACCUCACCUCCUUCGUCUCCACGUACUCCCGUGACCCCUCCCCUCUCCCCCAGCAUAGCAACACCUCCGACCGAUCACCUCCCCAUCACGAACAUUGAUGAUAUUGAAGUGGAGCCGCCCCAGAGAGUGCCAGCCCCUAGCCCGCUGGUGCACAGGCGGAAGGGGAACACAUUCACAGUGGUGCCCAAGCGGAAGAUAGAGACCGAGCCCCCUUCUGGAUCCCCCGAGUCCCAGACAGAAGCCCUGAGUGAGGCUCCAGGGGGUUCCACACCUCCCCAGGCCCCCUACUCGCAGCUGGGGACCCUUCUGAAGAAGCGCUACCCGGCGGUGGAGGAGAUCGAGGUGAUUGGGGGUUAUCUUUCGCUCGCCAAGUCCUGCCUGGUCAAGACGGGCUCCUCGGGUAAAAAGCUGAAAAUCUCCUUUAAUGAGUCAAACCUGCACAGCACAUACGAGUAUCCGAGUGAGACCAGUGUGUGGGACAGUGAGGAUGAGGACGCAGAGCGGGGGGACAGUCCAGAGGAAACGCCCAGUAUGGUGGGACGCAUCCACAUCCCCCGCGCAGGGCUGGGCUUAGCCAACAAUGCCAACGAUCUCUCUAACUACAUUCCCAAACACGCAGUGGACUACAGCACAUGGCAGGAACAGAGAGGAGAGGAGAGUGCACACAGGGAGGAAGUGUCCCCACAGCCAGCACACACAGAGGACAUCAUGCUGACCCCAGCAGACAGCUCGUCCCUCUCUGACUUCAGCAGUGAACCAGCCCUCUACUUCUGAACCUCCCAACCACUGUAGCUCCACUGCCAGGCACCAGGCUCCAGGGACCAGGGACCAGGCCUGUCUCGUCAGACCCCAGCACACCUCCUCUCACUGUGGACACCUGCUCCUGCCCCCAACUGCCCUCUUCUGCCCCCCUGCCCUCCUCUGCCCCCUCAGCAGCUGGUCUGUGGUGGCUGGGCAGUGGUCCUAUGUGUAACCUGCUCACCUGUAGACUGUUGUAAAGAUGGCACUUACAGAUGUUUAUAAAGCUCUUAUCAACCAGCAGGCACAUUGUUUUAAUAUAUCACAAAACAGUGCCAGGCCAGUUAAAUUAGCUGUGGAAGAGUGUGGGGUGUAUCUAUGGUCAAUGUUGCGUUCGUGUUCUUGUUAACGAAUGAUGCUGGUUUUAAAAUAGAUCUUUUAAUGCACCGUUAUUACAGCGUGCUAACAUGUUGUAUAAGUGCUACUACCACUUCUAUUACCUGCACAUAAGAUAUUACACAGCAGCGCCCCCACGUGGCACACGCCAUUAUAGCUACUGAUCAUAACACUCAAGUCACACACUUUGCAGAACGUGCUUUAAAGGUUAGGGUAGUUUUAGGGCUGCAACGAUUAACUGGAACAAUUGUGACUUGUACACGUUUAAAAUCAUAGUCAUGUUUCUCUGCUCAUUAUCGUUAUCCAGAUUAUACCCAUGCCAGAAGACAUUUUAGUGGCAUUAUUAAACCGCAAAUAUCUACUCCCAACUCCAGCCUGCAGAGGAGAUGAAUGGGAGCAUGUUGCUAACGAAGCUAAUGUCGCUGGAGGAACAACGGUCUGGGAACAUUCAACAACAUCAGAUUGCAUUAAAUUGUCUUUUCUUUGCUUCUUUAAAGUUGUCACCCAAAAUGUUUAGUUACCAUCAUUCGAAUAGUCAAUUAUUUUAACAGUAAACGCGUACAGUUUUUCUGAUUAGUUGUUGCAGCCCUGAUCUCACUCUUGAAUACGUCGGGCACAGGCCAUUUGUGACACUAGCCAGUGGAGGGAAGCCUGUCCAUAACAAACACAUUCCAUACUGUCUGGGAAUAGAACCCAGGACCUUUUUACUGUGAGGCAAAAGUACUCACGACUGGUACACAUUGGGAUAAAACUGUAUUAAAGGAGCACUAUGUAAGUCACCUGUUCAUCUCAUGAAAAACAGUUUUUCCUGGGAGGUUUUUCAAUAUGAUUUAAUUUUAUCAACCUUUAAUUUAUUCAGUUUUGUCUCCAUGGAGAUUACUAAGCUUUAUACCAGUCGCUCUCAAACUUUUCACACCAAGUACCACCAAAGAAAAGAUUUGGCUUUCCAAGUACCACCAGAUCUAAACCAGGUGUAGUUCUAAACAAGAAAUUAGUCAAAGGAGGACAAAAAAUUGGUAAAAAUAACUCACUCCGACAAACUGAGGAGCUGUCCAAGUACCACCUGAAGGAGCUUAAGUACCACAGUUUGAGAAACACAUCUUUGUGCCAUGCUGUUGAACAUUCCAGGCACAACAACAGGUGUUCAGACCCAUCUAAAAUAUUCCACAGUGCUUCUUUUAAUAGUUCUGACUGAUGACUAAAAACACAGUGUCCAUCUUUACUCUAGUCUACGCGUUCCACCGAUCCUCUGAGUCUUCCUCUCCUCUGUAGCUCUUUGGACAGAGAAACUUGAAUGUGCAGGAAGCCUUAGCCCCCACGCAGCGCCACGGUGAGUCCAGUGUUACUACAGAAACCCCGGAGACUCCGAUCGGACACGACACGGACACGGACACGAUGCCAUUCGAUCAUUUUGUACCUGCAUGUUUUCAGCUAUUUUUUCCCCCCCCGAUGCCACUGGGAGAAUGUUAGCUUGACAUGGACAAGCUAACGUUGACAUUUUGUAAGCAUAUGCACCGCCAGAGGAGUAGCAUCUGUUUUUGAAUCAUGCAAAAGUGUCCUUGGUCAAACAUGUCUCUGCUGUGGGUGAUGGGACCAUGCAGUUGAAAUCAUGUUGAAUGUCCAUCUCUGUUGUCAUGGAUACUUUAGGACCGCAGUCUGACCCCUACUGGCUUUCUGAUGACCCUGCACUAGUUUUGGCACCAUUGACCAAAUAUAUAUAUACAUGUGUAAAGCUGCACUAUGUAACUUUUAUGAGUGGGAGAUGUUAUAGCUUUGCCUGUAAUGUUCCACAGUAUGGUAGUUAACUUGUCUAACUUGUAUUUAUUCAUAUAUGGCUGUUUUUAUUGCUCAGAUCUCUUUAAUAUCAUGCAUUCUUACUUUUGGGGUCAGGGUGUUUCCUGCUUGUCUCAAUAGAGAUACAUUUAAUGCCGUACCGUGGAACAUUUACAGGCAAAGCAACAACAUCUUCAUGGAGACAAGGAAGUGGCAGACUCGCCAACAGAAAAGCUACACAGUGCAUCUUUAACUAUUACUAUAUUGGUGUGAAUAUGAAAAAUAAAUACAUUU